UUCUUCCGUUUUACCAACGCCAUUGGGCUUUGAAAUGCCACAAGCGAAGAGCCACCGGGAUGCUCCUCUUAAUUCUGCACGUUUCUUCCCACCUUAUUUCCCUUGUCCUUGCCUCCUGUACCCGCUCUUGUCCAUCCAGCUGCAUAUGUACCCAAGAAAAGAGCUGUGCUGUGCUAUGUGAUCGCUCUAAUCUGUUGGAGAUUCCCAGAGAAUUCCCAUGUGAGGCGUCUUCAAUCAAUUUGGACAAGAACAACAUCAAAUUCCUUUCAGAGAGAGCAUUUGGCACUCUGCCCUCUUUGCGUUCUCUCUCUUUGGCACAUAAUAACAUCUCAUUUAUCACUCCAGGAGCCUUUAAGGGAUUACCCAGCCUUCUAGAACUAAAAAUGGCACACAAUGACUACAUCCGUUAUUUGCAUACUCGGACGUUUACAGCCCUGAAGCGUCUUGUCAGACUGGAUCUUUCAGACUGUAACCUCUUCAACAUGCCUGACCGCAUCUUCCUGGAACAGUCUUCCCUUCAAGAAUUCCUCUGCUUUGAAAACAACUUUCGCCGCAUCCCAGGGGCCAUUAGAGGAAUGGAGAAUCUGACUCGUAUCUAUUUGGAACGAAACCGGAUUGAGGCUGUGGCUUACAAUUCCCUUCAAGGCCUGAGAAAUCUAAAGUACCUGAACCUACAGGAGAAUAGUAUCAAUGUCAUCCAUGACCAUGCUUUUCAAGACUGUCGUCAACUGGAAUAUUUCUAUUUAAAUGACAACUUGCUGAGUGACCUUCCACAGUAUUCUUUUAAGGGAUUGAAGCACCUUAAAAUGCUCAAUUUGGGUGGUAAUCUUCUGAGGAAUGUCUCCAGCACAUGGUUCAGCAACCUGGUAGAACUUGAGGUACUCUAUCUUGACAGGAACCAACUUACAUUCAUUGAGGAGGGUGCAUUUGAGAACUUAACUAGCCUCAUCUUUCUCCAUCUAAACAGCAAUAAUCUCACCACCCUGCCCCUCUCUGUCUUUCAGCCUAUAUUUUUCCUGGGCCGGCUUUAUCUUUUUCGCAAUCCUUGGGAAUGUGACUGCAAGAUGGAGUGGCUCAAAGAAUGGAUGCAGAACUACAAACUGGUGCGAGAUGUUCCUUGUGCCUCUCCUUCACCUGUGGCAGGAAUGGAUCUCAGUGAGGUGGUCUUUUCAAAGUCUUCACAUGGUCUUUGUGAGGAUCUUGCUGAGACCAAUGUGACCUCUACAUUUGUUAAGCCAACUGCUGGAAUUGUUGUGACAACAGAGAAUAAAUUCAGUAGUCUUAUCUCAAAACUUAUGCAGCAAGAACUGAGAGAGGAAGCCACAAACUCCUCCCAGGGUUUUAGGAAUGUUUCAUUAUUAGAUGGACUCAACAAUGAAGUGUCUGCUGGGACUUGUCACAUUAAUGAUAAUUUAAUACUAUGGUUGGCUUCAUUGGUUUUUGGUAAAGCUUUGAGUAAAUCCUGUUCCUAAAUUGUUUCACUCGUGUUUUAGCUAUAACCCACAAGAACAUCAAAUUUAUUCUUGUAUGACUUUGCUGAAGUGUUAGUGUUUAUAAAUAUAGAAAUGUCUACAUUUGCUUAAA